AAUGUUUAUAAAAUUGACCUUUUUUCAUUGAGGUCAUGAUCUGUUAUCAGUUGUAACGUAAAAAUAUGAUUUUUUCAGCAUAGCUUCUAACAAAUCUACAAAAAAAGCUUUCGCAUAAUCAGUGUGAUUUGAGUUGCUUUCGGAAACACAGAAGAAAUGGAAAAAGUGCGAAUUUUUCUAACGCUUGUUCUUGUGGCAAAUAUUAUUAUUGUUAACUUUAAAGUAAUUCAGACACAAACUGUUGACCUGUCUUUUAAAAGAUGUCCGGAGGGAUAUACCUUUCACACGGAUGGCUUAUGCUAUCCUAACGAAUAUAAACCAUUUCCACCAAAUAACAUCAAUCAAACACAAACGGCAAGCUCUUACAGAUGUCCACAAGGUUAUAUACUUUACACGGACAAUUUAUGCUAUCCAAUCAAAAUUAAGCCAUGCCCGGUUGAUAGCAAAAACACUACAGAAACGCCUGCAACAACUGCAACAACACUUCCGACAACUGCAACAACACUUCCGACAACUACAACAACAGAAUCUACGACAACAACCAGAAUGCCUAUACCAUCUGAAAUAAUCAAAACCCGCUGUCCAACGGGUUCAAUUAUGUUAAAAAAUAAAUGUCGUAAAAUCAUAUGUUCUAUGGGAGAAUACUAUAAAGGCAAUUGUCUGAAACCAGUAUGUCCAGAAGGUUUAAUAUGGCGUGGUAAAAAAUGCCAAAAACCCGGCUAUCUAACAACAAUAAUAGAAAUUAAUAAUGAAAUUAUUAAUGAACAGAAUGAAAAACCUAUAACCCUAGAAAGAAGCCAAACAAAUGAAGUGAUUUAUUACACAACCACAACAACUCAAAAACCUUUAACUACAGUUAGAUCAAUAAUGAGUUCGACUACCGAAAGCCCAAUUAAAUCGAACGUGUCCUCAACUAAUAAUGAUGCUAAUAAUUCCUGUUGUAAAGUCUUUACACCAAGAAUUUGUAAAUUAUAUGGCCAAAAAUGGGUUUGUUUUAAUCGUAAAUAUCACAGGUGUGAUAAACGUAUUUGCACAAUGCCUGUGAUUUAUUUGAAAGCACCCGAAAUUCUUUACGAACCUCCAGUUCUGAUUAUGCCGCCUAAUCCUCAAUUUAAUAUGUAUAAAAGCAGGGAUUCCGAUAUUAAUUUAAAUGCUGAUUGUUCCGGCUGUGCUGCACGUCAUUCAGAGACUUGUUCACCCUAUUGCUAUAGAUACAUUUGUCCAAAUAAUUCUUGUGGAUAUAUGGAUUUAAAUGAAUAUUGCAAUUACUAUCCUGGACAAAAUGGUUGCCAACCCACAGAUGGUUGUCUUUGGAAUUGGUGUUAAGUUUAUAAAUUAAUAAACAUUUAACUAAAAAUGUAAGACACAGAUUCUAAAAUUGAUAUUUUUAAUAUCGAGUAGAAUUGUCAACGAUAUUAUAUAUUUCAAUUUAUAGUGAAAAUUUAAAUUUAAGAAAUUUAAAUAAUGAUAUGAUAAUAAAAAAAAGAACAACUUUU